GUGGUUGGCAAAACAAAUGUUUUUACAUCGUUUGUGUAUGGGAUCGGAAUUUUUAAUUUUUAAUAACUUUUUCGCUCAUUUAUGGAUUUUAAGAAUUCAAAAAGUUUUGAUAUGCUUACGAUUUUCAUAUUUUCUCGUUUAAAUAUCUUUUUAAAAUGAAUGACCGUUUUAAAUGACAUAUGAUUUUAAUAGCCGCGUAGCGAUGCUCCAAACUUUUAGAAAAAACACUGUAAGUUAAGCGUUCAUAAUAAAUCCAUUUUGUUUCGAAAUGAUAAUUAAAAGUAAUCAAUAAAUUGCUUGUUUUAUAUCCUUUCCAUUGAUCAAAAAAUUAUUGAUAUCAUUUGUGUUUUAAGAAAGUUUAAGCCGUUAGAAAAACAUCACUGUUUACAAAAAAACAUGGACGCUCGGCGUCUGCCCACCCGAUCUUUGUCUUAUCAGUUCUGAAAAUAGAAAAUACAAGGGAUUUGUAUGCAAACACGAUCUCUCCUAUAUUAAAAGUACAAUUCACUGUUGAAAAAUUUAUAGUUUGCUCUAAUUUUCAGUAAUAUUUUCGAUUUUGAUUCUACUAGUAUGUAGUUACUACGAAAUAAACCUGGAUUUCAUGGUUGCUGCAGUCCGUGACAUUUAAUCCAAACAAAUGAAAAUAAAUUCAUUUUAUCCGUUAAUAAGAAAUCCAAGAAAUUGUUGUUUUGGGGUAAUAUAUUAUACUAUGAAUUUUGAUGGCAAGAAAAAAAAAUUCACAGAGUUAUAAUUAUUUCAGAAUCAGUUAUACUAUAAAGGUCUGGAAAUAGCUAUUGCUAAGAUGAGACAGAGAGGUCAGGCAGUACAUGUCCUUGAUAUUGGUACAGGGACUGGUUUAUUGUCCAUGAUGGCAGCAAAACUUGGAGCAGACACAGUCUAUGCUUGUGAGGCGUUCAAACCGAUGGCAGAAUGUGCUUCUAAAAUUAUUGCAGAGAAUGGAUUUGCUGAUAAGAUAAAAUUAGUGCCCAAACGUUCAACAGAUCUCACAGUUGGCCAAGGAAAGGACCUCCCUAGGAGAGCAAACAUAUUGGUAACAGAAGUGUUUGACACAGAACUUAUUGGAGAAGGGGCCAUAGGGACAUUUACCCAUGCUCAUAAACAGCUUCUUGAGGAAGAUUGCAUUGUAAUUCCAUCCUAUGCAAAUUUGUAUGUACAAGUUGUAACAUCUGAUCUUGUCAGAAGAUGGAACCGGGUUGAAGAUAUUGUUGUCAAUGAUAGUAGAGUUACUGCCCCUGAUGAGAUCUCCAGUUGUGGAGGAGCACCAUCACUGCAUGACCUUCAACUUGAUCAGUUGCCAAUGGAUACAUUCACUGUACUCACUGAACCUAAAAGGGUAUUUAGAUUUGAUUUCACAGGAAAAACAUCACUCCCGUUUGAAAAUACUUCUAUACUAGAUUGUACGAUGAAGAACUCUGGGUCUGUAGAUGCUGUAUUUAUGUGGUGGGACCUUGAAAUGGAUCCAGAUAGUGAAAUCAUCCUCAGUUGUGCUCCUAGAUGGGCCCAUCCUACCCCAGAUAAUAUGCAGUGGCGAGACCAUUGGAUGCAAGCUAUCUAUUACCCUUACAGUCAGUUGACAGUUGCCAAGGGUGACAGUGUCAAGGUCAUAAGUAAACAUGAUGAAUAUAGUUUAUGGUUUGAUGUUGCCAUGGAUACUGUCAAAGACAAUUGCCCAGAGGAACAUCCUAUAUGUAGAUGUGGUGCACAUAUCUCCUAUGGAAGGGCAAGGAUGGGGAUGCUGAAUGAUCCAGACAGAAAUAAACUCUAUAUGGAAAUCCUUAGAAAGGUAUUUAUAUAUUUGUUGGAUGUAUCUACUCAACCAGUUACAUCCCUGUAA